AUGGAUCUUCAGGAGACGCAACGUCUCCUUUCCGAGUACUUGCACGAACUCGCGAACCUCUUCCAUCGUGUCCCCGGGUCGGCGAUUUUCCUACGCUACGUGAAAUCCAGUUACCAGGACGACCCAAUCCGGUCUGCAGUGGAACUUUUCCUGUUCCUCUUCGCAGUGCGCUACCUGCUCGCCCCGAAAUACUCGACCAAGCCUGGUGUCGUGCCAUUGUCCGAGGAUGAGAUUGAUGACCUGGUGGAUGAGUGGACUCCCGAGCCACUGGUGGGCAAGCCCACCACCCUAGAUGAAAUGGAGGUUGACAAGAGGACGGUUAUUGUAGGUCCUGUCGGACCCAAAUCCAAGCUUGCCAAUGGUCGUACGGUGACCAACCUCGGCUCUUACAACUUCUAUAAUUUCAACACAAAUGAGGCUCUCAAGGAGCAGGCCAUUCAGACCCUGCGCAACUAUGGUGUUGGUCCAUGCGGCCCCCGCGGCUUCUACGGUACCCAGGACGUGCACAUGAAGACCGAGGCGGAUAUUGCUUCUUUUCUGGGCACUGCGGCUUGUAUCAUGUACUCGCAGGCGUUCUCGACCAUCUCCAGCGUGAUCCCUGCGUUCUCUAAGCGCGGCGACAUUAUCGUUGCAGACAAGGGUGUGAGCUUUGCUAUACGGAAGGGUAUUCAGAUCUCUCGCAGUAUCGUCCGAUGGUAUGAACACAAUGAUAUGCAGGACCUGGAGCGUGUGCUUGCCAAGGUUACUAAGGAGCAGGCGCGGAAGCCGCUGACCCGACGGUUCAUUAUCACCGAGGGACUCUUCGAGUCUUAUGGUGAUAUGGUCAAUCUACCUAAGAUUAUCGAAUUGAGACUUAAGUACAAGUUCCGUCUUAUCUUGGACGAGACAUGGUCCUUCGGCGUCUUGGGCCGCACUGGACGGGGCAUCACUGAGCACCAGAAUGUUGACGCCGCCGAGGUUGACAUGAUCGUGGGGUCACUGGCUGGCCCUCUCGUUGGAGGCGGAGGUUUCUGCGCUGGAUCCGAGGAGAUCGUGCACCACCAGCGGAUCUCAGCUGCAGCGUACACUUUCUCUGCUGCGCUCCCUGCUCUACUUUCCACCACUGCCAGUGCCACCAUCAACCUGCUCCAGAGCAACCCCGAGACCGUUUCGCAGCUUCGGGAGUUCACUAAGGCCAUGCGUGCCCAGCUGGAUCCUCGCAGUGACUGGGUCUACUGCACCAGCUCUCCGGAGAACCCGAUCCUCAUCUUGGUUAUCAAGCCCGAGGUUGUGGCGUCCAAGAAGCUUUCCUACGACGAUCAGCAGUUCAUACUCCAGGAUAUUGUUGACGAGUGCCUUGCCAACGGAGUCCUAAUUACCCGCCUCAAGACACUGGAAGACAACUUUGAGCCAAAGCAAGUUGUCCCCGCCGGCCUCAAGGUCUGCGUCACAAUCGGCCUGACCAAGAAGGAGAUCGAGAAAGCCGGCACCACCAUCCGGCACGCCAUUACAAAGGUGAUGAGCAAGAAGAGGUGA